CGUAGCCCCGCCCCCCUGCUUCCGCUGUUGUGUUCGCUUCCUCGUUGUCAUGGAUACCAGGAAAACACAGACAUGGCUCGGCUGGUGAAGCUGUACGAUCAGAUAGAGCACAUUAAAGAGCAAUUUUUUAUCAGAAACAGAAUAGCGGAAGAAAACCGGCAGAAGGAAAAUGCAGCUGCAGUGAAAAUUCAGAGCUGGUUUCACGGCUGUCGGGAGCGCGCCUACCUCAGAUAUCUACACCGGAACGCAACGGUAAUACAGAAAACGUGGCGGGCUUUCAGCGCACGGCGGUACUUUAGGCAAAGGGUAAAGGUCGCAUAUUGUCUCAUGAACCUGAAUUUCUACAAUGAGAUGGCUGUCAAGAUACAAAAGACAUGGAGAGGCUACUACGUAAGGAGGUACGUCCACAAUUACUAUGCACGGAAGAGCUACUUGGAAAACUUGGCAAAAAAGAAUGAACAAGUCAGGAAAGAGCUUGAGGAAUUAGCAGAGCAGCAGAAAAGAGAGCGAGAGCGCCUCGCGAUAGAAAGAGAAGAGAAGGAGAAAUACAUGCAAGCUCAACGACUUCACUUCCUCCUCAGCACCAAACAGCGCCCAGGUGUGUUUAACUCCCCGUUCCGCUCAGAGCCUGAUGAAAUGGAGCUGAGGUUACGGACAGUAAAGCCUUUGCGGGCAAGAUCCGCUCCCAAAGAAAGAGCAGUUGACCAGCAGCCGUCUGGAUUUUUGUCUAGCAUCGAGAGACUACCUCCGAUACACAAGACGCCACAGGGGCCUUUCAGGCCAGCUGCAGAGGUUCAGCGGCAACGCCAGCGGCCCCUGGAGCCGAGUCUACGCGUGGCCACAUCCAUCACGGCCCUGGAGGAGGCCAGAGAGGAGCUGCGGCAGCGCGAAUGGGGGACUCGCCUCAUCGACCAGCCGUUUCUGCCUUUCUCAAAGGACCACCGAAACAAAGAACACGAGGCCUUUCUCCACACUCAUUCUCCAUAUCAUCAGAACGCGUACGGCACCAAGUACUUCCGCGAGGAGAACAAAGUCCAAGGCAAGAAGCCAUUCAAAACAGUCUUCACCACCUGCCAUGUCUUCGACAAGUUUGGACGAUUUUACUCCAAUGCUGGGAAAAUCGUUUAGCAUCACUGAAUAAAAUAGGCACAAUAGGAUAUGCACCGACCAAUCACAGAUGCACGUGAAGGCCAACAAAUGAGCUACUGUAGCUGAAAUUGCAGCAGAAGUUGAUGCUGGUAAUGCUUAAAAGAGCAGGACUGAUUUGUCAGAAAAAGGGGGGAACCUACACAAUAUUAGGCAGGCGGUUAUAAUGUUAUGCCUGAUAGAUAGAUAGAUAGAUAGAUAGAUAGAUAGAUAGAUAGAUAGAUAGAUAGAUAGAUAGAUAGAUAGAUAGAUAGAUAGAUAGAUAGAUAGAUAGACAGACAGACAGACAGACAGACAGACAGACAGACAGACAGACAGACAGACAGACAGUUGUAAAAAUCCCUCAUGAACUUAGUUUCCGCCUCCUUUCACUCUGGCUACUCGAUCCGUACCGGAAACAUAAUUUGUACUGCACACGUGCGAAAACUCAAAUUUUGAUUGGCAACGUUUUUACGACAGUCUAGCGAUAUGAAUUCUUUUGCGUUUUAUGUACAGCUUUAAGAAUAUUUCUCUUAAAAGGAAAUGUUCCUGACAAUUCAGCAUA